AUGAAUUCCGCCCUUUUCUUCUGCAUUUUCUUGUCCACUUGCAUCAAUAUCUGCCUGGCUGAUACCGAUAAUCUUCAGGAUACUUGUCCAACGGCUACUACAGGCAAGCAAACUGUCUUCAUCAAUGGCUUCCCUUGCAAGAACCCAAACAGCAUCGUUGCUUCAGAUUUCAAGUCAUCAAAACUGAGUCGUCCAGGUGACACAGACAACUACCUCCAUUCCUCGGUGACCUUCAACACUGCUGCGGAUUUCCCAGGUCUAAAUACUCUCGGCCUCUCAAUUGCUAGGACUGACCUUGAAUUUGAUGGUUUGAUGAUGCCUCAUUCCCACCCAAGAGCAUCCGAGAUGUUCUUCGUUAGCACAGGUGUGGUGAUCGCUGGUUUUAUUGACACCCAAAACAAACUGUUCCAAAAAACUCUCCAGCCAGGAGAAGUUUUUGUGUUUCCUCAAGGUCUGCUCCACUUCUGUGUCAAUAAUGGCUUUAACUCCGCUGUUGUUUUCUCAGUACUCAAUAGCCAAAACCCAGGGAUGGUAAAUAUUGCUGAUGCAAUGUUCGAGUCUGAUGAGGAUACGUUAAAUAAGCUAGUAAGGAAAAUAAAAUCUGUUGCUGCCUUGAGGUCAAUGCACAUGGCAUUCAAAAUGCGACCCUGACUAGGUUUUAGCAUCUUUACAGUCAGUAAUCAGAACAUUAUAAGUUCUGACAUACGAGCCAAGUGUACAUCUAUUUCUGUGUGUUUUCUCAAUAGUUAAACACGUUCUAUAUAUUUGCUCAAAUGGCUUCCGGUGCUGGUAUGAAUGUGCGUAAAAGAAGAAUAUUAGCAACAGUCUGUGUGUUUUUCAA